UUGCGUGGGAGUGUGCGUGCGUUUCUGCCGGCCAUUCAACCGUAUAAAAAUGUUGUUCUCAAUUUAAAAGGAAGCCGCGCUCCCAAACAAUCGACAGAAGCACUCUGUUAUAGCGGUCAAAAGGGCGAGCGAAAGCCCAGAAAAACUCUCAAAAUAACAAACAAGCAACGCGAGAGAGAAGCAGAACCAGAAAAAUAUACAAACUCGCUGAAUAAAAAGCCGAUUGUUUGCUACAAAUAGCUGAUAGAGAUCCCCGAGUGGUUACACUAACGCAUCAACCGGCAAGAUGAGCUCAACACCAACAUUUGCGGACAUUUCGGCCAAGUUCUCGGAGGCGACGCUGGAUGAGAUCAUCCAGAAGGCGGGCGGCACCAAGCACACCUCGUACAAGUUCGGGCCCAGCGGCAAGAAGGGCGAUGCCUACUUGAGCCGCGUCUUUCGCAUCACCAUCUUUGGCGUGAAGGUGGGGCCGGAUGGCAAGGAGACGGAGCUGGAAGUGAAUACCAUUGUCAAGGCCAUGCCGGACAAUCUGCACAGGCGACGUCUGUUUCGGUCUGUGAUAUUUUUCCGGAACGAAAUCCACUUCUACACGAAGGUCAUUCCGGCCAUUGAGGCCUUCCAGGCUGCCAGGCAGCCCAAGCCGAAUAAUCCCUUUGUGGAGUACGCCAAGUGCUAUGCCUCGUUGUGCGAUGGCAUCAACGACUUCAUUGUGCUUGAGGAUGUGGGACCACGCGGCUACAGGGCCCCUGUUCGCCAGGACUACAUUGCCCUGGAGGAUGCCCUGCUGACGAUGCGCACUCUGGGGCGCUACCAUGGCGUGGCCCUGGCCUUUCAUGCCUUGGACUCGAAGAACUUCGAGAAGGCCGCCUCGGCCCUGGAGGAGACCUACUACGGGGAGCACACUCGCGAGUGGUACACCGACUUCUUGGGGCUGGCCGAGAACGUGGCCAAGGAUGCCAUUGCCAAGACCUAUCCCAACACCAAGUACGAGACAAUUGGCAGCAACUUCCUGCAGCCUUCGCUCUUCGAUGACCUGAUCGACCUCGUGUCCACGCGUUCGAAGCUGAGCGUGUUCGGGCACGGCGAUUGCUGGACGCCCAACUUCCUCACCAGCUACGGAAAUGGGGGCGAGCCGCUGAAGAUUAUUAUCAUCGAUUUCCAGCUGGCGCGCUGCUCCUCGCUGGCCCUCGACCUGAGCUUCUUCGUUUACUCGUGCACCAGCCAAGAGCUGCGCGAGAAGCAUUACGAUGAGCUGCUUCGCGCCUAUCUGGAUAGUGCCCAAGAUCUGAUCACCGACCUGGGCGGCGAUGCCGAAACGAUCAUCUCCUGGGACUCGCUCAAGGAAGAGCUCGUCCAGUUUGGACGCUUCGGCUGCGGCAUGGGCAUUGAAUCGCUGCCCAUGACCAUGAUGGAGGACGAGGAGGUUGCCGAUCUGGAUGCCAUCAAGGAGAAUGCAGUUCUCACCGACAUCUGGAACAUUACGCCCUUCAAAGAGCCCGCCAAGCAGCAGCGUUUGGCCGACAUCUUCAAGCAUGCCAUCGACCAGAACUACAUCAAGUAGAGCGGAAUGCGGCGCGCUCUCCCCUUCGAUUUUAAGUAGCACCAGAAAGAUCAACGGCAGUGGAGGAUAAUGCCAAUGUGUUCCCAUUCCUGUAUUAAUGGCUAUUCCACAUCAUAUCGCACAUUCUGUAUCGUAUAUCCUGUCUAAUAUAAUGAAAUUUUUUGCCUACCCGUAA